AUGGAUGCUGCAUGUGAUGCACGCAAAAAAGAUGCAGCCACAAAUGCCAAAGCCUGUUUCUUAGUAGCUGAAGGACUUUGGCCUUCCGAGGUUUCAGCUCGAGUUCGGGAGUUGAAGCGCAUAGACGAAGAGAACCAACGCCUCCUCAAAAGGCUUCAGAGUACGAAAGCAGCCGUGAACAUGUCAAAGCUUGAUCAGGAGCACAAGGUCCAGCAGCGCUACAUGAAAAUGCGCUGUGAGCAUCAAAAGGAAGACUGGCUGUUGGAGCGGGCGCAUGAGCAAUCCCUGCUCGCUGCGCACAUGGCUGUUCGCGCAGCAUCCAAAGCAGUGGCCGGACCGGUUUCAAAGGAGCCUCCUGGCCCCACAGAUGCUGAGUGUAUCCGCCUUCUGCACUUGCAGGAUCGGUUCCGAUCCAGGGCAGAAGCCGACGAGGACCUUAGCCCCAUGGACUCAGAGGAGGUCGCGGCCUCAGAUGUUAGGCUGCUGAAGAAGGCCGGUGCCUUGGGGAAAGAGGGCGAGUAUGCUGGCCACCUGCCUGACAGCUCCCACAAUCUAGUCGAGCAGCUCAUGGGGGUGGCUCUGAUAUGCUCUGAUUGCCUGGGCAAUGUGCGACAAGUUGCAGACGUUGCCACAGCCAGGAAGACCGUCGGCCUGACCAGCUCCCCUGCACAGUAUGCCCAGCUCCAGGAGCAGGAGGAGGAGGACACGGAGGCUGCUGCCGAAGAGGCGAAAGCCGCAGCGGCUGCGGCAUUCCGAAAGGCGGAGGCUUUGGACGUGGCCAGCGAUGCGAUGCUGAACUACGAGAAGGCCGCUUGGAGUCGCAUGGACCAACUUUUCGUGGUGGUGCAAACAUGCCGAGGUGUUGCCAUAGAGAUGCCAAACCCCUUGGUUUACAUCGAUGAAGCCUUGCUCCCCGGUUCUCGCCAGACGGCGAGUUCAGUGAAGGCGUGGCAGCUGAAGGGCGUGGACUUGAAAUGCCAGACGAUCUCUGGUGCCCACCUACAAGGUGCCUACUUCACACCUUCACGUGGCUCUCGGCUGAGGACGGUGGCCGCAGUGAAGCGGCAGGGUUUGGAGUGGACAUUUGCGCAGUCGCUGCCACAGCUGCCCGCCCCUCCCACGGAGACGGCGGAUGACACAGCGUGCGCCGAAGAGGAAGAGGGGGAGGAGCCCCAGGUCGACCGACUGCAAGAGGUGCUGCCCAAGGUCCACCGGCGCCGCGAUCGCAAGCUCGCUUCUCGCAUACAAGUUCACGUUGUCACCUCCGAGUACUGGGUGAUGGGUUCGAGAAGAAUAAGGAGAGGCUAA